CGCCUGCGCGGCUCUGUUGCUGAGCCAGCUGGGACCGAGGAGACAAGAUGGCGCUGCGGGCUAUGCGGGGCAUCGUGAACGGGGCCGCGCCGGAGCUGCCGGUGCCCACCAGCGGGCCGGCGGUGGGAGCCCGGGAGCAGGCGCUUGCAGUGAGCCGGAACUACCUCUCCCAGCCUCGCCUCACAUACAAGACAGUAUCAGGAGUCAAUGGUCCCCUAGUGAUCUUAGAUCAUGUCAAGUUUCCCAGGUACGCCGAGAUAGUCCACUUGACGUUACCAGAUGGCACGAAGCGAAGUGGGCAAGUUCUUGAAGUUAGUGGUUCCAAAGCAGUGGUUCAGGUGUUUGAAGGGACUUCGGGUAUAGAUGCCAAGAAGACCUCCUGCGAGUUUACUGGGGACAUUCUCCGAACACCAGUGUCUGAGGAUAUGCUGGGUCGGGUAUUCAAUGGAUCAGGAAAACCCAUCGACAGAGGUCCUGUCGUGCUGGCUGAAGACUUCCUCGACAUCAUGGGUCAGCCGAUCAACCCCCAGUGCCGGAUCUACCCAGAGGAGAUGAUUCAGACGGGCAUUUCGGCCAUCGAUGGCAUGAACAGCAUUGCCAGGGGGCAGAAGAUCCCUAUCUUCUCUGCUGCUGGGUUACCACACAACGAGAUUGCUGCUCAGAUCUGUCGCCAGGCUGGUUUGGUAAAGAAAUCCAAGGAUGUGGUGGACUACAGUGAGGAAAAUUUCGCGAUCGUAUUUGCUGCUAUGGGUGUAAACAUGGAAACCGCCCGGUUCUUCAAAUCUGACUUUGAAGAGAAUGGCUCCAUGGAUAAUGUCUGCCUCUUUUUGAACUUGGCUAAUGACCCAACAAUUGAGCGGAUCAUCACUCCCCGCCUGGCUCUCACCACAGCCGAGUUCCUGGCCUACCAGUGUGAGAAGCACGUGUUGGUUAUCCUGACGGACAUGAGUUCUUACGCCGAAGCGCUGCGAGAGGUGUCAGCAGCCAGGGAAGAGGUUCCUGGUCGACGAGGUUUCCCUGGGUACAUGUACACGGAUUUAGCCACCAUAUACGAGCGCGCCGGGCGGGUGGAAGGCAGAAAUGGCUCUAUCACUCAGAUCCCCAUCCUCACCAUGCCUAACGAUGACAUCACGCACCCCAUCCCUGACCUGACUGGGUACAUCACAGAAGGGCAGAUCUACGUGGACAGACAGCUGCACAACAGACAGAUUUACCCGCCUAUCAACGUGCUGCCCUCCCUGUCCCGGCUGAUGAAGUCUGCUAUUGGAGAGGGGAUGACCAGGAAGGACCACGCCGACGUGUCGAACCAGCUGUAUGCAUGCUAUGCCAUUGGGAAGGAUGUGCAAGCCAUGAAGGCUGUGGUUGGAGAAGAAGCCCUUACCUCAGAUGACCUUCUUUACUUGGAGUUCCUGCAGAAGUUUGAGAAGAACUUCAUCGCUCAGGGUCCUUACGAAAACCGCACUGUCUAUGAGACUUUGGACAUUGGCUGGCAGCUACUCCGAAUUUUCCCCAAAGAAAUGCUGAAGAGAAUCCCCCAGAGCACCCUGAGCGAAUUUUACCCUCGAGACUCCGCGAAGCAUUAGUCGCAGCUCUGUUCCGACACUUGUGAAACCUGGGUCUGUCCUCUCUGCUCCUUUGCACUCUCCCACCCCCACCCUUGUGUUGGAGUUUACUGUGUUACCCUGUAAUUAAACACAGAGUAGGUAACAUUGUACCAGUGUUGCAAGGUUUUAAACUGCUAACAGACUUUAGAAUAUCCCUGUUCAGAAAACCUGAGUCUUCAGUGCUUUGUUUAAAGUAGCUGCAGGCUGGAGUGCAGUUUUCUUACUGGUGUAUGUAUUUGUACAUAGUGGUAUGGGCAGUCUCCUGGCGGCGUCCUCACCCAGGUCUCCGACCUUCCCUCUCACCCCUCAAGAGUGUCUCUGUCUGAAGUUACCAUCCUCCAGUCUCCCAGGGAGAGGCCAGCGCAGGUCUCAGAGAAGUCUGUCGGGAAGAGCCAAGAGGCUCUUUCCUGAGUGCUCUGGUGCCCGGCGGGUCUUUGCCGCUGCUCCAGCACUGUUGGCUGUGCGCUGCCCUUGGCUGUACAGGGAGGAGAGUCGGCGGUAGCCUCGUCAGCCUCUCCAGAACCCAGGCGUCGAGAUUGCCGUGUGGCCGUUCUCCCGAGUCACACAGCCCUGCGACUUCUGCACAGCUGGUGUUAAUCCGAUGGGAGCGAGAGGCCUUUUCACAGUCACUCUUACUGUGUUUCCAUAAUGCAAAUAAGUAGCAGAAGUAAUUGUUGCUUGGAAAGAGUUGGGGUACACUGAAGGGCGACGCACAGCCCUGCACCCGUUCUCCGUUCUGGCCAGCUCAGGCGACUGGAGUGUCUGAAGUGUCACCAGCUGCCACGGGCGAGGCAGGGAGUAGGAC